AUGGCUUUCUGUGGACCCUCUUGUGCUGUGCCAUCUUGCACCUCUGCCCCAGCUGUUGGCUUUGGAUCAGCUGGUGCCAGGGGUCUUGGUUGGGGUUAUUUUUCUCCCCUCUAUGAAAGGGAAGGAAUGGGUUUCCGUGGACCCUCUUGUGCUGUGCCAUCUUGCGCCUCCGCCCCAGCUGUUGGCUUCGGAUCAGCUGGUUCCAAAGGUCUCGGUUGGGGUCUUGGCUACGGUCUCGGUUAUGGUCAUGGUUUGGGCUAUGGCUACGGAGCUGGGGCCUUGGCCGAAUCCUCAGGAAGCCUGGGCACCCUGGCCGGAGUCAGGCCCUCCUGCAUCAACCAGAUCCCAGCCUCCGAGGUGACCAUCCAGCCCCCUGCAGUGGUGGUCACCCUCCCUGGUCCCAUCCUGUCCGCCAGCUGUGAGCCCGUCGCCGUCGGAGGCAACACCCCAUGUGCCCCUGGAGGUAUCGGAGGUAUCGGAAGUUUCGGAGGUUUCGGACAUUAUGGUGGCUUCUCCGGAGCCCGCCUGGGGCGUCUCGGUCGCCGUGGCAGCAUCUGUGGUCUGGGGCGCAGAGGUAGCAUCUGCAACCUCCCUUGUUAAGUCAACCUGGACUCUCCAUGACCAAAAAACGGAUUUGAGAAGAUCGACUGAGGUGUAUCUGAGCCCUUUUCUGGACUGCCUGUGGCUUUUAUGACUCUUUUCUUUCUACUCUAGAGUUACCCAUGUUCUCUCCUGUGAUUCCAACAACCAUUAGCACCAAUUAGCCUCCUCUUCCUCCUCAAUUGAUCAAUCCAGAGCUUCAUGUGAGAUUGGAAGGAAAGAAGCUCAGCCAACAUCUAGGAGACCUUGUGUCCUUUCCGACAUGUGAAAUUACUUGUCAAAGGAGAGAUGAUUGUUUGCUUUGGUCU